AUGCCUUCCUCCCCCGCCCCAUCCCCCGUCGUCGUCCUCAGCGACACCGAAAGCGGCGGCGACGGCGACGCCGUCUCCGACGCCGCGCCCUCGAGGCCCGCCGCCGAGCUCAUCGCGUCCACCCUGAGUACCCAGGCCGCGGUCGACGCCCUCUGCAGGAAGCACGGCAUUCCGGCGGAGUUCGCCCGGCGGCCCGCCGGCGAGCUGCGCGCGUGCAGCGUGCCGCCGCCGGGGGCCGUCUGCGUGUAUGCCCACGCGCUGGAGGCCGGAGUGCGCUUCCCGCUGCACGCGUUCUUCGUGAAGGCGCUCACCCACUUCCGCCUCGCGCCGGGCCAGCUCACGCCCAACGGGUGGCUCGUCCUGGUCGGGUUCGUCGUGCUCUGCUACGAGGCCGGCGUGCGGCCGUCGACGGCGCUGUUCCGGCACUUCUUCUCCCUGUCGACAUGGAAGAACGGGGACGGCUGGUACUUCUUCCGCUGCAGGGGAAAGGGAUCCGCCCCAACGCUCUUCACUGGCCUUAGCUGUUCCAAAUUUGAGAGCGAUUGGAAAGGCAGGUUCUUCUUCCUGACGUCGCCGGGGCCAUGGCCGUGCCCCGUGAACUGGGGCGACUCGCCGCCCAAGAGCUCCGCCGCAGAUCCGGUGCUUAUGAGCCAGCAGGAGUCGGCGGGUAAGCUGCUACAGGCACACGGCGUCCCGCUUGACCUCCGGAUUUACCUCCGCGACGCAAAUCUUCCUGCAGUCUUCUCCUCCGGCGCACCUCUGCCUUCUCCCCGUCCUACUGUUGCCAAAGUGGUGGAUCCGCCCGUCCGCGAGAUGACUGACACUAUGCCAGUGGAGAAGACGGCGGCGCCGGCAGCAGGGACGGAGCAGGUGAAAAGCGAGGCGCACGGCGACAGGCUUCCAUUGUCCGGAAAGAAGAGGAAAAGGGAGGAGUCUACUGCAAAAGACGGGCUUGGCUGCGCCGCCCCGGUGUCCGACCCGCGGUCACCGCACUCGCCCGUGCCCGACACACACGACGGUGACACUGCCGACUGGAAGGUCGCACGGAAGGUGCUGGAGUGCAUCGUCACGCCGUCGCGGGAGGACAAGUUCGCGGCGGCGAAGCCCUCAGACAUCGUCGCGUCGAGCUACGUGGCAAUGCUCCAGGCUGCGAACUACGUGUCCUUCUCCUCGGGCUACGCGCUGGAGCUGGAGGAAAAGCUGGUGGCGCGGGAGCGCGACAACAUGGCGCUGUGGGAGCAGCUGGGCAAGGAGAAGACGGCGAGGCAGGCCGCGGAGGCGGACCUGGAGAAGGCGAAGGCCGAGCUCGCGGCGGCGAAGCGGGCGACCGAGGCGGAGCUGGAGAGCGCCAAGACGGCGGCGGUGCAGCAGUUCAUGGGGUCGGAGGAGCACACGCGGCGGCUCGCGGAGCAUGCGCUGGCGGGGUACGAGCGCGGCGCGGAGGAGAUGAAGGGCGUCGUGCUCCGGCACUACCCGCGCCUCGACGCCGCCAAGCUGGUCCUGCCGCUUGAUUAG